UCCCUUUUUCCUCUAUAAAAUCCUCGACUUAAUUAAGCCACCAAAUGUAUAUAUCUCUCUUUUUCGAAGGGGGAGCUCAUCUAGUAACUCUAACAGAUGAUGUUAACAAGCUCAUCGUGUCCUAUACUUCAUUCAUGGAUUCCCAACUCCCCUGGAUCGUCGCCCUAUUCUGCACUGGCUAGGACACGAUCAUGCUCCUUAACAACGUCCUUUUUUCCAGAGCAUGAAACCGCGAUCAAGCUUGCAACCAGCUGUUGCAUGCGAGAAACAGAACCCCGAGAUCCUGUAGUUAAAAAGAAAAACGACGACGGUAUAACGAAGAAAAGGAGGUUGUCGGAGUCACUGCUGGUGGGUGGUGCAGCGGAAGGCGGAGGCGGAGGCGGUGGGUGGGAUGGUGGAGAUGGUCCAGGUUCAGGUUCGGAUUCGAAUAGUUGGGAUGGGCAUGAGAGUACAGAAGCUUGCUACAAGAAAAUGAUUGAAACUAACCCGGGAAAUACACUUUUACUAGCUAACUAUGCCAGCUUCUUAAAAGAGGUUAAGGGGGAUAUAGGAAAAGCAGAGGAGUAUUACGGAAGAGCAAUAUUGGUAAACCCGAGAGAUGGGAAUGUGUUGUCACUUUAUGCUGAUCUAAUUUGGCGAACCCAAAAAGAUGCAUCUCGUGCCCAUGCUUAUUUUGAUCAAGCUGUUAAAACUAGCCCUGAUGACUGUUACGUAUUGGCUUCAUACGCUCGAUUCCUAUGGGAUGCCGAGGAGGAGGAAGAAGUAAAAGAGCAAAAUAUACAAUGUGGAAUAGAGAGUGCAAAUUCAGCAGCCACAAACUAUUUAGGAGGAGCGCCGUCUCAUCAUCGGCCACCCCUGGCUGCCGCUUCUUAAAAUUCAUGCAAAAUAUAUGCUUCUAUCAUCCUCAAAGACCAGCCUAUUCUUCAAAGGAACAGUUCAGUUUUGGAAAAGUCACAAAUUAUAUCGUAAUCCACAAAUUUUAACGGACGAUCUUAUGUUUAGGAGGUCUCAAUUCAAAGUCAAAAUGCAAGGAUUCAUGAAUAGCUAUGUACGUAUAAGAUGAAAAAUUUCUUGAA